UGCGAAAUCACUUUUCACCUCUCGUCCUCCGCCCCUCCUCUUCCUCGCUCGCUCUGCGCUGCGGUUGCCUGCCACUUAGCCACUAGACAACCACCACCGACUGGAACCCGAACCGCGCCUCGCUGCCGCGGGGAGGCCGCGCGAUGGACGGCGCGUCGUGGCCCGCGCGGUGGCCUCCGCCGGCGCCCCCCGCUGCGCCGGUGCCGCCGCUGCCGAACCAGAUGGACGGCGUCACUCUGCGCCACCUGCUCCGCCCCUUCGCCGCGCAGGAGGCCGCGGCGGGUGGCCGAGCGACGGCAGCGCCAGAGCAGCUGAUCACAAAUCCGUCGACCUCGCAGUCCGGCCAGCCUGCGAGAGCUGGGCCGAGCAACGAGUUGCUUGCUCAAGUUCCGGGGAGCUAUUCCACUUUCAGCCUUGCGCCGGACCUUAAGGCAUUGUUCGAUAAGCCAAACGCGAGCAAUGCUGCUGAUGUCAUUGAUCUUACUCGGACACCCCCGCUCUGUAGUGCUGCCACUCUGCCCAAGUAUUCAAGACAUGGAUUGACAGCUAGCAGUAGCAAUGAGCAGUCCUCUGCUGGAGCACUUUUUCUGAAUAAAAGUGCUAAUGGAAUGGGUACUUUUACUGGGGAAGUUUCAACUAAUGAAGGAAUGGCAAAUGGUGGCAUACAGUUACAGGAUUCAAGUCUGCAUGCACUGCAGAAAUUGCCAUUCAGAUCGACGACUCAUCAUCAUCCUACGCUGCUUGGUGAUCGUAUCCAUGUCACCUGUCUGAACGUCGGUGGAGAGUUCUUUGUGGGUGAAGCUGGGCUCUUUGGAAUCAUUUGCCUGUGUCAUCGGUUGAGAAUGUCUGUAGCUAAAUUCUGCGAGCAUGCGGGUGGAACUCCAGAAAAAGCUGGUGAAAUUGUCCACGUGGAGAAUGGCAUGACUAUUGCGCAAUGGUUCAAAUUCUGCAUAGGAGUGGCGGGAUCUAUUGCUAAUACCAGGUGGGAUUGGCCAGACUGGGCAUGUAUGAAAAGUUCUCCAGAAGAAUACAUGUUGAAAAGUCUUGCUUCAAGAAACAGUGGUACAGGAAAAGUAAGGUUGUUAGGUGGAUAUGGAAAAAUCAAUGGACUUAUAAACAACCCAGCUUAUUCCAGCGAUCUGUACAUCGAAGGUGGAGGAUGCACUAAUGUUGAUAAGCAAAUGAAUGGGUCAGUUGGAACAAAUUACAAAAAGAGCGUUGAUGUGCACGAAGGUUUAACAAAGGACUCUGCUUUACUACAGAAUUCCACAACAAUGAAUGUAGGGCUCGCUAGAAACCAUACGGUUCAUGCAUUAAACCUGAACCCUCUUAGCACACCUAGUGGAAGCCUACACUCUGAAGCAAGCAUGGGAAGACAUUACAAAGGAAAUCACUUGGCACAUAAUUAUGGAAUCUGUUUGGAGAAAAACCUUGAUGCCUCUUUUCGUAAUCCUGAGCCACGUUCCUCAAGAGUUGUGAACCAUGAUAGUAGGGCGUGCAGACCUGAUUUCCCCCACAAAAUAUUGCAGGACACUUUGUGCAACACUUCAAACACUGAAUUAAAGCUUGGACAAUCUUCUUAUCAUCAAUCUAUGACCACUCUAUUUCCAUUGGUACAGUCGGCGGUCAUUGAAUUUCAGAAACCUCAAUCACACAGGCCAUUGAUAAAUCAGAAUCCUUGCCCAAAGCAAGCAACAAAGGUCAACAACAAUCUAGCUGAACCUGAACAUAAUGGACCAUCCAUUAGUACUGGAAAUAAGCAACCACUUCUAGUUACUAAUGGAACAAAACAUUCUGAAGUUGGUGAGCUUACGGAUGAUACAUCCAAGAAUUCAUUUAUCUCAUUAUUUCUUUCACACCUUGAGAGAAAUAGUACACCUGAACCCAUUGACGAUAUUCUCAACAGUAACGAGCAUUAUCAUCCUAAGGCCCUGGAUGUCGCAUGUGGUUCUGAUCAUCCAAAAAAUGCCAGUAGACAUAUUGAGACAAGGGUUAAUGAUAAUCAUCCAAAGUUGGCCCCAACCAUUAUUCAUAUGAAAAGGAGAUCAGAAGGCAUUUCUCUUUCAGCAUCUUACAGUGGAUAUAAUCCUCAAGAUGCAUCCCAUGGUAAUAGUCAGGAACAUUUGAUUCAUGGGGAUUGCCCAUCACAUUUGCUGCCUAAUCAACCUAAUGCUGGAAUCUCAAAUUGUGCAAGAGUUUCAUGUCCUGCAAAUUGCAUGUGCUGCACUCACAUGGGUAAUAAAUCCCAUCAGGUUGCACAUGGUGAGAUUGGGGUUCCCUGUUUCUAUGAUAAAAUGGAUUUUGUGCAGGCCAGGGGCCAUGGUACUUUUGAGCGAGUUGAUGACUUAUGCACACAUAGAAGUUUGAGAGCUUUUGCCAAAAUCAGUUGUGAGAAUGGGAAAUCUUGCUGUUCUUCUCAGGAGUUUCUACCUAGCUUUUGCCAAAAUGAUCCGUCAACACUCGGAAAAUCGAUUUGUGGAUGCUGUUGCAAAAUUCAGGAAGGUGUUUCCAAGCUUGGUUUUAUACCUGGUCACUUGUGCAGAACUCGUUUUUCUAGUGAUCUUGGUCCAGUUGUAUCAAGUAAGCCUACCCUUGAAGGGCAAGAUGAACUUUGUGCCUGCUCCAGUUUUAUGCAAAGAUCGUCAUUAUGUUCUCGAGAACACAUCUUGCAGUCUUGUUAUGCAUGCCCCAUUGAUGGAUUGCACUACAGAAAUUCCAUGGGACAUGCAACAGACAGCUUGACAAAACACUCUCUGUUUGAUGGACGUAGCACAAAAGAACAAGGUCCUUGUUGCAAUGGAAGAUGUUGCUAUUCUGUAGUCCCAAAAUGUUUGUCUAGUUGUGCCUUUACAAAGCACUGUGAUGUCAGAGUUGAUCAAAUUGGUCAUACUGCACCUAUAAGCAAACACCAGAUGCAAAUGCCUACCAGAUGCUGCACAUUAGAGGAGAAUGAGAAAUUAACAUGCCAAUGCUUAAGCAAUAGAAUUGCAGGAAGAAGCUUAUCUCAAGCUUCUCGUUGUAAAGAUGUCUCUGAUAAAGUAAUGAACCAGCCUUCUAUUGCAAUAACGGAGAGGCUGAAGAAUAUAUCCGAAGCUUCAGUGGCUGAUGAUAGUUCGUCCAAAGCCGUAACAGAGAGAAAGGGCCCUUCUAAAGAUUCUGUAGUAUCUAAAGGACAACCAAAGUUUGGUUUCUCUUCUGGAUCAUCAAGCAUUGUGGUUACAAAGUUUCAGAUGUCACCUGAAGUUCACAAAGUGUCAUCUACUGCUAAACAUAGGAAACAUAAAAAUGUAUGUGAUGAAGGAUCAAGAAUUGAGAAAUGUUCAGCAUCCAGCUAUGUGCCUGCCAGUAGUACAGGAUGUGAGGAAGCCCUAAAUAGUUUUACCAGAUCUCAGUUGGCUCCAUCUCGAGUGAAGCGCAAGGGUAAUCAGAUUUCUGUGGGAAGUAGACUAGAGGAAAAGGACAAUGAGGAGCUUUGUUUUGGGCUGCCAAAAAGAAUGAGAACAUUGAGGUGCUCUAGUAAAAAUUCUGAAUCAGAAGAUUGUACUAGGACUAGUUCCCAGUCGUCCCAGAAGGGGGGUUGUCAACCACAAAAUGAGGUUAACUCAUUUUCUUGCAGGGUGUUGAGAACCAAGCGAAAACAUCCUACCAUGCAACUGAAUAAGCCUGUGAAACAGCUUCAUAGCCAGAACAAGGUUUUCAAAGGUGAUGGCAAGCUACCAGAUACCAAGGGAAAUUUUUUUGGUGGAUUAGAUUCCUUUGAUAGAAAAAAACAAGUAGAGGAUACGACUCCGGGUAGAACAAAACAUCACCAGGAAGGGAGUCGAGCAUUUGUCCGCAAACUACCUAAAUAUGUGUCUCUAAACUGCAUUGUUAAUGAACCUAACAGUGAAGAUGCUUGCAGUGGGAGUGCUGGAAUUGAUUCAAGUUUAAUUGCCACGGGAAUGGCAAAUGAUAACCGAAAAUCUCCCAAAAUCGUUCCACUCAGUCUGGUUCUUAAAAAGGCUAAGAGAUGUCAUUCUGUUAAACUCUGUAAGACCGAAAGCACCCACUUGUAUGAAAAAAAGGGCUCAGAUUGUUCUGUGAACAGCUCAUCAGAUUGUUCUGUAGAUAAGUGCCCCAUUGAUGAUGAAGGUUGCAGUCCACAAGCUGAAUAUGAAAUGCAGGGUUCCAAAAGGAGUAGGUAUUCAUCUAAUGGUUUGAGGUCACAUUUUAUGGCUCACUGCAAAAGACCAUCUGGUGUUCUUGGAGAAGAUGAUCCUCUUGGUCUAAAAGAUAUGGAAACAAAUCGCCUGUCAAUAACAUCAUCAAGAAGUAAUGGGACCAAGAAUCGAAGAGCAAGUGUAUCCCUUACUAGGAUUAAGAGGCAUAAGAAAUUUGCAAACAAAUCAGCAUGCUAUUCCAGCAGUGGCAAAGAAAAUGCUGUGCUAACCCAUGAAGAAAAUGUUAGGAGAGACAGUGGAAGACUCAGCUUAGAUGCUCCAUGCUGCGUUUGUGGAAUCUCAGACCCAGAGCCUUGCAAUCAAUUUAUAGAGUGCUGCAAGUGCUAUAUCAAAGUGCACCAAGCUUGUUAUGGUGUUCUAAAAGUUCCUAGAGGUCAAUGGUUCUGUAGACCCUGCAAGACUAAUACCCUGAACACAGCCUGUGUGUUGUGUGGUUAUGGAGGUGGAGCUAUGACAAGGGCACUGAAAACCAAGAAUAUUCUGAAAAGUUUGCUCAAAAGUUUGAUGACUACAGCAAGAUCAGAAAAAAAUGUUGAUUCAUUAAGAAACGGAAGGAGUGAGUGUACAAGCCUGCGAAAUCCAGUAGACAGUGCACGUGGGGAUAGCAUUGCGAAUGGGGAGAACAUUACCAGCAAUUCCUGGACCUCUAUUAAUCACAAUUCCAGUUUACUUGGACCACGAACAAUGCAGUGGGUUCACAUGGUCUGUGGACUUUGGACACCUGGCACAAAAUGCCCAAAUGCCACCACGAUGAGUGCUUUUGAUGUAUCGGGUGCUUCACCUGCCAAGAGAAAUACUGCAUGUUCAAUAUGUGGCAGAACUGGGGGCUCAUUUAUUAAGUGCCGAGAUGUAAAUUGUUUGGUGCUCUUUCAUCCUUGGUGUGCACAUCAGAGGGGUUUGCUGCAAAGUGAGCCUGAAGGUGAGCGCAAUGAAAAUGUUGGCUUUUAUGGGCGAUGCAUCGAUCAUGCUAAUGAUUUUUCUAGUCGCAUUAAUCCUAAGGAAUGCUUGAGAAGCAGCAGCUGGACAUGCGCACGUACAGAGGGUUUUAAAGGUCGAAAGGGAGAAGGCUUUCAUGGUAGUAGUCACAAGAAAUCUGAAGAGUACAGUGGUGAGUUCAGUGUUUCCCAAGAACAGAUAAAUGCUUGGUUACGCAUAAAUGGUUCGAAGCCUAGCGGGAGAGGACAGAAGGAAUACAUCCAUUAUAAGCAGUUAAAAGGAUGGAAGCAUUUGGUAGUGUACAAAUCUGGCAUACAUGGACUUGGUCUCUACACAUCAGUGUUUAUUCCGCGUGGCUCUAUGGUUGUAGAGUAUGUGGGUGAAAUUGUUGGGCAGCGGGUUGCCGACAAAAGAGAGAUCGAAUACCAGUCUGGGAAACGACUACAAUAUAAGAGUGCCUGUUAUUUCUUUAAGAUUGACAGGGAGCAUAUUAUUGAUGCCACCCGCAAAGGUGGGAUUGCAAGAUUUGUAAACCAUUCAUGCCAGCCAAACUGCGUUGCGAAAAUAAUCUCGGUCAGGAAUGAGAAGAAGGUAAUGUUCUUUGCAGAACGUCACAUAAACCCAGGGGAGGAAAUUACUUACGAUUACCACUUUAACCGUGAAGAUGAAGGCCAGAGGAUCCCUUGCUUCUGUAGAUCAAGAUACUGCAGGCGUUACCUCAAUUAGUUUACUAUUGUGCCAUCUUACUGUGUAACAUGUCUAUAUAUCCUUUAUUUUUCAUCCUUUAGAACACUUCAUUGCAUGUCUGGGAGAACAAUAAACUGCUUGAUGUAUAUAAACUCUAGGGACUUGCAUCUGGCAGUGCCAGUUUAUCUUUUGUGAA